AUGGCGGUCGUGGCGGUCGUUCACCCUUGCAGUGCCUUGAUCAAGACAUCUGAGAUCUGUGGGUGCUUGGGCUGGGUGUGCGACCAGCUCUGCGGAAUUUCUGCUGAGCGCCGCCGUGCUUCGAAGGUGCUGACCCGGGCACGAGACCAGUGUGUGCGAUUGCGGGCGGGGGAGCUUUCACGAUGCGCGGCCAUUGUGCGAAAGCUUGCGCAGGAUGGGAAUGACGAUGAUAUGCCACUGCAGCAUCUCCGAGCUGCAGAGCAGCACCUGGCUGCUCUGGAGCGGUGGCUUCGAGGGGAAGGUGGCGAAAAAAGCGAGGCCCGCGCAGAGCGCAUUGAACGUGAGCUGGGCCUAGUGGCUGGUGGUCUUGGUGGCCGUGAAGCUGGCGAAUUCGAUCGGAUCUUUUCCAACCACCUGGAAAAGGAAAUCCUCAUCCGGUCCUUUCCUGGAUCUGUGAAAGUACGAAACUUUCGACAUCCAGGUAAGGUUUUUAUCACCAACAAUCGCUUGUGCUUCUAUUCCAACGUCCUUGGUGUCGAAGUCUCCUGCGCCUUCAAGUGGAUACAAAUUGCGAGCUUGAGGCUUGAAGAGAAUGCCGACACCCACACCUAUCCUGUGCUGGUUACCUUCAAGGAAGCACUGGACUUUGAUGGGAAGGAUGUCAAGACGCUUGAUAUGCGGGUUUUCGAAUUCUCUGACCUGGGACUGCUCCAAAAAAGCGCCACAUAUUUUGUUGGUGCAGAUCUCUUUGGCAUCUACGAGGAUGAAGUGUUGAGCCCUGAGGCCAAGACGUCGCAAAGCCCGGUGGAAAAGCCAAAGCCAGCCAGUCAAAAGCUGGUGCGCACUGCGUCCAUGAUUUCACCGGAUGAAGUGCUGAAGGAGCUCUCCAUGUGGGAACUUGAGCGGCGCACCAACCUUUUCAGGUACCACUGGAAGGCACCCUAUUGGCCCCAUGACGGUGCUGCCAAGAUGAAGUGGGUCGCCUUGGAAGGCAACGAAUAUAUCCGACAUCCCUUCAUUCCCGAGAGCGAGGAGGAAGGAAAGAUUGCAGUGAGCGACAUCCCACCCGUUGAGGCUGUGGACUUCUUGGGAAUGCGCCGAAAGUGCACCUGGAGUACCUGCCCUGUGGAUGGUGAGACAGACGAACUCGGAUGGCAGUACUCAACAGACUUCGUGGUUGGCAACACUGGGUGGCUGCCCUACUGCGGUUCUGUCAGCUUUGUGCGGCGAAGGUGCUGGCAGCCAUGCUUCUACACCGAUGCCGAUGAUGAAGCAGGAGGUGAAGACAGAGCUCCGAUCUCGCUCAUACAAAACAAGGCACCAUCUACAGCCAAACAACCAAUCUUCGAGCAAGUCCUAGGCGAGAUCUCCCUGGAACUACUUGGGCAAUCCUUGGAAAGCGACGACUGGAAAGAUCCCAACUCUCUGAUGGCCUUCUACUGGGAGGAAACUGGUGCCAUGGAUUUGGACAUCAGCCCUUGGAGCGAUGGCAGCAGCUUUGCCUCUGUGGUGAAGGGCAAGGUAAGAACCAUCGAAAUGCGUUCCCCUGUGCCGCCUGCGCCAAUGUGCCCAAAGGAGACAAGAGUGCUGAGUACAUGGCAUAUUGUGGUUCUUCCAGACAAGGUUCUCCUGGAGAGCGUGACAAUGUCGCUGGAUGUGCCCUGUGGAACUAUGUUCAACGUGAUCUCAUGCGACAGCUUUACUAUGCAAGAUGGGAAGUUGAAGAUGUCAAGGACGUGUGGCGUGGAGUGGUUGCAAUCGACGUGGCUCAAAAGUAUGGUUGAACAAAACGUGCCUCCACAGCUUAAAGCAGUGGGCGAGCGAAUGGUGGGAGUGGUGACGCGAUGGUGGGAGAAGGCAUGGGACGUGGAAUGCCUGGCAUGGGCCGCGGUGCUUGAGCUGGAAGCACUGAAAGUGCUCAUGGAGUUGGUGGAUGCUGGCCUGAGCUUCAAACAAGUUGUGACUAGCCGUGACUAG